CCGGGGUAUUGUGGGUGAAGUCCGGUAUUGAAAGGUAGUGCCUCGAUCGACGGAAGGAGGAGUCCUAGGACUGGUCAAGUGUUAAGGAAGGUGAGGCCUGUUUUCAGGAGUGUUUCCUCAGAUGAGCAGAGAGGAAUCUCAGAUCCUUCCCGGAGGCAAGUUUGCAGGAAGGUGAAGGCUGGUCUAAGGAGUGCUGCCUCAGGUGAACAGAGGGAGGAGUCCUAGACCCUGCCAGGAGUCAAGGUUGUGGUUCCCUAUCAUCCACCCUCCUGCCCACAUUCCUGCCUGCUACCACUGACGAGAGUGAGCAUGUCUCAGGGUCAGGAAAUUAAGUGUUGCACACAGGAACAACACCGUGAGAGUGAGAUCCAGGGCCUGGAGGCUGCACAGGCCUCUGAGGUUAUGGAGGAGAUCUUUCCCUCCUCCUCCCAUCCUCUAGUGCCUGGCAACCUAGAGGAGGCUGUGGUUGCUGGGACACACAGUACUCCCCAGAGUCCUCAGAGUACCUAUACAUCUUCCACUGGCAUCACAGCCACCUCACCCAGCAGCCGAGAAGAGGAUAGUUCAGCUUCUUCAGAGUCAGAUGAGAGCUCCAGCAACCAAGAAGAGGAGGAUAGUUCAGCUUCUUCAGAGUCCCUGUCAGACACUGAAAACUUGCUGUCAGACCCUCUAGAGGAGAAGGUGUCUUUGUUGGUGCAGUUCUGGCUGCAUAAGUAUCAAAUGAAAGAGCUGAUCACAGAGGCAGACAUGAUUGAUGUUGUUAUCAAAGAGUACAGGGAUAACUUCCAUGAGAUCUUCAGGAGAGCCUCUGAGCGCAUAGAGCUGGUCUUUGGCAUUGAUGUGAAGGAAGUUGACCCCACUAGCCACAGCUAUGCCCUCGUCAACAAACUGGACCUCACCUAUGAUGCGAGUCUCAGUGGUGAUGAGGGCGUGCCCAAGACCAGCCUCCUGAUAAUUAUGCUGGGCGUGAUCUUCAUGAAGGGCAAUCACGCCACUGAGGAGGAGAUCUGGGAAAUUCUGAAUAUGAUGGACUUAUACUCUGGGAGGAAGCACUUCAUUUUUGGGGAGCCCAGGGAGUUCAUUACCAGAGAUUUGGUGCAGGAGAAGUACCUGGAGUAUCGACAGGUGCCUGACAGUGAUCCUCCAUGCUAUGAAUUCCUGUGGGGUCCAAGAGCCCAUGCUGAAACCAGCAAGAUGAAAUUGCUGGAGUUUUUGACCAAGAUCCAUGGGUCUGACCCCACUUGCUUCCCAACCCAGUAUGAGGAAGCUUUGAGAGAUGAAGCAGAGAGAGCCCAAGCCAGAGUUGCAGCCGGGGCUGGCACUACUGCCACGGCCAGAGCAAGUUCCAGUGCUAGUCCAGCAGCUUCUCCCUCCCCUAGUGAAGUCUGAGACAGAUUCUUCACUUUGUCAUUGAAGAGGGCAAUCUUCUAAUUAGUGGAGGGCUGGGAUGCGGCUGUAGCAAACACAGCGUAUAACAUCUUUGUGUCCCUCUUCUUUAUGGUUAACAUGGAAGUUUAUCUUUUGGGGGGAGUUAGUUUUCAAAUGUUGUUCCUUUUAAUAUAAAAAUUCAUUAGCUUCAGAAUCUAACUUUAUGAAUUACAUUCAUCUUACAUUUAUUGCUAGUUAUGAAAAUUUAAGAGUACAACUUUUGCUUGUUUGUAAAACAAAUUGUGAAACUGACCAUCUUAUUUCGUGAUCUGGAAAAGAUAACAUGACAUUUGAACAAGCAUUUCCUUGGAGCUGUCAAAGGACUCAGCAGUGAAACAACUGGGAUCAAGAAAAAGUCCUAAAAGAUCAUCAGUUCUUAGCUUUCCUUAUCCCUUUUGACCUGUCAUUCUGUAAAAUUACAUGACAUAUACACGCAUUUGCUUAGCUUAUUUAAGAAUAUAUGAGAAAUAAAUCUUAA